CGUCGCGCCGCUCGCGGGCCGCGUAAACGUCAAACGUCGUCGUCGUCGGAAUUUCGUAGCAUUGCUCCAUCUCAUCGCUAAUUGUUUUUCUUUUUGGUGCGCGCACCCGCGAUUCCCUGUUUGUUUUUCCGUUUUUAAUCCGUGGCCGCGCCACCAAGGCUGCCGUGUGGUGUUGUGGUUUCGACGACGAAAGUGCCAAAAGGUUGUGUCUUGCGGAGGAGGACGGAGUGGCCACUUGGCGGCGGUUUGUAAACAAAGCGGUUGGGCGCAAUUUGUCCGCGCUGGUUGGGAUUCGGGACCGAGGACGCUGCUGCCACAAUGACGGAUUCCUUCUUUGGGUUCGACACGCAUCUUCCGGUGGAGGAUGACGGAGGCGGGGGGAUUGGGGGCGGUCCGGAUGAUUCGGAGGAGGAGUACGAUGCGCUGAACGAUGAGACGUUUGGGCAGGCACGGGAGGGGGACUGGGAGGAGCUGCAUGAGGAUAUGGUUCGGUUGGAUCAGCGGGAGGGCGGAGAUGGCGAUUCGGGGCCGGAUUCGGACUUGGAUAUGAACUUUUCCAGCGUUCGGAUUGAUAAUUUGGAGCUGGACGAUGAUAACGAGUCGGAGGCGAGAUUGCAGCUGGAUCCGAGCGUGUGGACGAUGCCGAGCAAGCCGGAGACGCCGCGGCCGCAGUUGCCACAUCCGGCGAUGCAGCAGCAGCAGCACCAUCCGCAGAGUUCGUUGAUGGCGGCGAUGCAGCAGCAGCAGCACCAUCAGAGGAUAGGCGGGGGACCAGGUGGUCCCUUUGUCGGUCUUCCGCCCAACUUUCCGCUGCCGAACCCGGCCCAGAUGCGCAUCUGUUCGGUGGAGGAGAUCGAGCAGAACAUGAUCAAGCAGCAGGCGCAGCACUCGAUGCCGCCGGAAGUUCCCCAGCAGCUGCCGCCGUUUCAUCCGGGCAUGGGACUGCCCCGUCCGCCGCCCGGAUUUCCCGGCAUGAUGAAUCACCAGCCGCCGUUGACGAUUCCGGUGAACUUUCCGCCGCCGUUGAACAUGGUUCCCCCGUUGCCACCGUUGCACCUGCUCCAGACGAACGUUCCGCCGCCGUUUUCGAUGAAUGUUCCGCCGCCAAACUUCCCGGGAGGAGAGAGCCACGCGAAUUUCAACCAACGGCUGGUUCAGGAGAUUCAGCAAAACCAUCCGAUGCUGAACCAGCACCGUCAGCAGCAGCAUCAGCAGGGCCAGAAUCGCUACCAGCAGCACAAUAAUCGGCAAAAUUACCACCAGAACCAGCAGCAGAUGCAGCAUCACCGGGGCAAGCUGAACAGGUCUGGCGAGUACGACGAGUACGCGAACCUGAUGAGCGAACGGGACAAGCAGUGGCUGCUGGGGAUUCAGCUGUCGCAGCUGAACAAGGACACGCCUUACUACAACGAUUACUACUUUUGCGUGUUUCGCGACCGGAAGGAGCGCCAGAAGGGCGAAAACGAGCGGGAAAGCAAAGCGCACAAGGACAACACGUUCUACCAUCCGUUUUCGCAGCAGAUGCUCCAGCGGAACGGGUUGAUGGGCCGCGAGCGGCGCAACUCGGAAAAGAGCGGAGCGGACAUAAAGGAGGUGCCGGCGCGAAACUACACGCCGUUGCAGUUUGAAAACUCGCUCGGGAAGCUACAGUGUGGCAGCGUGACCGCGCCGAGGAAGAUCAUCGACCAGGACGUGGUGGCGGAGACGGGCACGAACAGCGGAAUUCCGCUCAGCUCAGAGGUGCUGUCCCAGCGGAAGUCGCGUCAGAUUCUGUUGCAUGUUGAGAGUCUGUACAAGGUUCUGCUGAAGCUGGAAGAUUUGGCCAACCCACUGGCGAUCGAGGCGAAGCAACUGUUGAAGGAAAAGAAGGAACGUGAACGACUGAUGGCGCUGGAACGGGGUCAACAGGUUGACGAACAAAACAACCUCACGGCGGCAAAUGGCACGGAUGGGGAGGAGGAAACGUUCCACUCGCUGCUGGAGAAACUGGUGAGCGGACUGACCCCGGACGGAGUCCUGCUCGUGAUGUCGGUUCGCAAGGGAAAGAUUCUGCUGAAACGCAUCCAAGCGGUCCUCAAGGACGUGCCCUUCCGUUGGAUCCUCUGGUGCACGAUCCUCGCCUCCCUGGCCGCCCUUCCCAAGCGAGAGCGCGACGACCCGGAAGAGCUGCUCAGUCCGCUGUUUGCCCAGUUCGAGAGCCACGUCAAAUACUCAUCCAUCGGCGAACUUCUCCCGCUGCUCGAUACCUUCCUCAACUCGGACAAGCUAUUUCCCCUCGUGUCCAAGUGUCGCUUCCUGCUGACCACCGUGCUGACCCUGGUCGACCGAAUGGAACACCUGCACGACGCCCUGACACCGGAAGUGGCUGACCGAUGGAAGGCAUUCCUGCGCGAGCUUUCGCGAGCCGUGUCCGGCGUUGGCGUCGGUCCACAGAAGGUGCUCCUGAAGCUGGACCCGGACUGUAAAAUUCUCGGCACCCUGCGGAACCACUUCCAGCGGCACCCGAGCUUAGACCUGGAGCUGAAGCUGCUCGCGCUCGUCUCCGUCGGGGACAAAAAGUAGAGCCGGGGUCAGGUAAAUUGUGUUUAUUUUCUUUGUUUAUCAUUUCUCUUCUAUCGUGUAAAAAUUUCCGGAAACUGCUUCGCGUUACUAACCCUAGACACUAUUCUAACUCUAUCCUAUAUAUUCUAUCAAGCCCUAUUGUAACGGUUUACUUCAAGCGGACAGUGAUGAUGUGUGUAGACGAGAGACCUUUUUUUUUAGAGAACUGAAAAUAGUAACUUUCAAAGUUUAGGUAGAUAAUAACAACAUUAAAUAAUCCCAUGAACACAUUUCGUUCGAUUUUUUCCCGUUCCUCCACGUGGACAUUUACGGUAAGCUGGAUUCGCGGACGGACGUUAGUAACCUUUCUAAAUAUAUAUAUUUUUACAAGUUAUUCUUUGGACUAUUAUUUUUUUCGUGUAACAGCUCGGGUUUUUGCGCGCGACGUGGAACAGUUAAUUUUAACCUGAUACUUUUAAACUGUAACCAUAUCCAAUAAAGAUUAUUAAAGUAUAA